GGGUCUGGGUCUGGGUCUGGGUCUGGGUCUGGGUCUGGGUCUGGGUCUGGGUCUGGGUCUGGGUCUGGGUCUGCCGGAGUGAGUCGCUGCUGUCGGGCCGUCGCGGCGGACGGCUCCCGGAGCGGCUCCCGGAGCGGUUCCUGAGGCUGCGGGAGCGCCCUGAGGGCCGCUGCCCGUGAGGAGAUCCGUGUGUCCCCCGGGCCGAGCGCCCCGCGGCCGGCGGCGAUGUCGGGGUUCGAGAGCUUCAACACGGAGUUCUUCCAGACCAGCUACAGCAUCGACGAGCAGGCGCAGCCCUACGAGUACGGCGGGAGCCCCUACGGCAGGCAGUAUGGAGGCUACGAGUACUCUCAACAAAGUGGAUUUGUCCCUCCCGAGAUGAUGCAGCAGCAGCCUUACACAGGGCAGAUUUACCAGCCAACACAGACAUACACUUCAACUUCAGCACAGUCGUUCUAUGGAAGUAAUUUUGAGGAUGAACCUCCUCUAUUAGAAGAACUUGGGAUCAAUUUUGAGCACAUAUGGCAAAAAACUUUAACAGUUCUGCACCCGUUAAAAGUAGCAGAUGGCAGCAUAAUGAAUGAGACUGACUUGGCUGGACCAAUGGUCUUCUGUCUAGCUUUCGGAGUCACAUUGUUACUGGCUGGCAAAAUUCAGUUUGGCUACGUGUAUGGAAUAAGUGCAAUUGGAUGCGUAGGGAUGUUCUGUCUCCUGAACCUGAUGAGCAUGACGGGUGUCUCAUUUGGCUGUGUCGCCAGUGUCCUUGGAUACUGUCUUCUUCCUAUGAUCCUGCUCUCCACUUUUGCCAUUGUAUUUUCAUUGCAGGGAGUGAUGGGAAUUAUCUUCACAGCUGGGAUCAUUGGCUGGUGCAGCUUUUCUGCUUCCAAAAUCUUUAUUUCUGCCUUAGCAAUGGAAGGACAGCAACUUCUAGUAGCAUAUCCCUGUGCUUUAUUGUAUGGGGUCUUUGCUCUCAUUUCUGUGUUCUGAAUAGACUGUCCAAAUCAUUGGACUCCAGUGGGCCAAACUGAAGACAUCAACUUGGGAUAUUUCAUUGGACCAGAAGCAGCUGCAAACACCUGUAUAGUGGGGACAUCACAAAAUUAGACCGGGUUUAAACCAUCUGGAAAAUGGAAACAAAUGUCUUGUGUUCACUUUUUUAGAACUUUGAAUACUGUUCUCAAUUGACCUGAGGUGUCUAUAGCUUUAAUAAGUGUUCAUGCCUAUCAAGUUAAUGUAAUUUUUUUUUCCCAUUCCUAUAUCUUCAGAAAAGUAACUUUCUGUUGUUUAUGCAAGAUGGGGGGGGAGGGGAGAGUUCAGGUUUUGAGGGGAUUGAAGGAGAGGGGAGGGAGAAGGGUUACAGGCUGUAAGAUUUUUUUCUUAGAAGAAGUAAACAAAGCCACAGACAGUGUGGGACUGGCAUUCUCUUUGAAUAAAUCUGCAGUAAUAAACUAUUACUCUCCCCUAUUGCCAGGUGCACGGAACGUAUGCAAUUACUUCCUCUAUUUUAACAAAUACGCUCUUAAGUUCUUUAGUCUCAUUUAUGUGUUCAUUUGAUGUGAUAGUAUUUCAGGAUGUCAGAAACUGAAAUCAUGAGUUAGAAAACAGAUGCUUUAAAACUUGAAGUUUCUGUGAUUCUGUCACACUUGAAAUACGAAUACAUCUGGAUGUGGAAGUAGCUCUGUGUUAACUUGAAUUUCUGAAGACUUCAACUAGAGGUUUUUUUCCUAAUGGUGCACAAAUUAGUAGACAGAGUUAAUCUCUUGAAGUACUUCCAAGGAAAACACCAUUUUGAAAAUGCUUGUCAGUAUUGUAGUUACUGUAAAAGUAAUUUAAGGCACAUCGAUUAAAUUUUCCUUAGAUUUUGAAAAUGGUGUUUGCUUCUUCCAGCUUUUAUUUUUGAAUGAACUUCAGUUACAAAAAUAAACUUUCAUAUAGCAGCAAAAUCAUA